CACUGCUGUCAGUUACCUCUCACCCUCUCUGGCACAUGGUAUCGCAACGCAAGCCUCUGCAGAUCCGCCUGUCACCUGCUUCGACUUCUGCAUCGGCAUCAGAUAGAUUCUGCGCUACACACACAGCAGCAGUGAGAGUAUGGAAAGCACCAUGGAGACGCCAUCGCGCUGGUUGUCCCCGGCGUUCCUGCUUCCCGAGGCCCUGGCUGCCUUCCCACCAGAGUCUGCCUCUGCGUCUGCAUUCAUGACCCUGCCUGAAGAGGAGCCCUCCUUCUCCAGCGUGGACUCGGACCUCAGUGGCCUCCCCUCAGCCCUCUACACCACCAGCACGGCUGCUGUCCACAGUGGACACACGUCUCACACGGCCUCAUACAGACACAGUCCAGUGCGUCAGGUGUACCCCUCCCCUCCUUUCCUGAACAACCUCUCCUGGCUGGAUGGCUCUGCAGGCCAGCCCCCAGCCAGCUCCUACCCCCAGCUCACCUCCUCCUCCACCUCCUCCUCCACCUCCUGGCACAGCAGCCCUUUCUCCAAGUCCUCCCUCCACCCCAGCCAGCACCACCAACACCACCAGCACCAGCACCUCUCCCCAUCGCUCCUGCCCAGCGCCACCUCCCUCUCCUCCCUCAAGUCCCUGAGGAUGGAGCCCACACCCACCACCGCGCCAACGCCUGGCCAGGACUACAAGGAGAACCUCCGUCUCCAGGAGUGUGUGAAGGGGGAGAGGCUGACUCCCCAUGAGGCAGGGGAGGAGGCUGCACGUCUCCACACUCCCCACCACCACCACCACCACCACCACCUUCUCAGCCCCGCAACAGGGAGGUGCUACAACUACUCCCCUCAGUCUCCCCUGAGCCCCUACGGCCAUCCUCACUACACUUCCUACGUGUCUCCCUCGCAAGAGCACGGUGCCUCUGCUGCCGCCGCCACGGCCAUCUACCUGCCCUCUUCUUUCUCCCCCAAAAUGCGCAACAAAAUAGCCCUCUGUCCUCCGGAUGCAAGAGAAUGCGUGAACUGUGGGGCCACAGCCACCCCGCUGUGGAGAAGGGACGGCACUGGCCACUACCUCUGCAAUGCCUGCGGACUCUACCACAAGAUGAACGGACAGAACCGACCGCUCAUUCGGCCCAAGAAAAGAUUGGUUGUUAGCAAGAGGGUAGGCACCCAGUGUGCCAACUGCCACACCAGCACCACAACCCUUUGGAGACGCAACACCAGUGGAGAACCAGUCUGCAACGCCUGUGGCCUCUACUACAAACUGCACAAUGUGAACAGACCUCUGACCAUGAAGAAGGACGGCAUCCAGACACGUAACCGCAAGGUGUCGGGCAAGAGCAGGAAGGGCAAGAGAGGCGGCGUGAGCGAGUCUGACUACUACACCCACAUAUCCAGGGCCUCGCUGGGGGCCCCAGAGCCUCACAGCCACACGGACUCCUACGUGGGCUCCCUGGGGCCCGCUGGUUCUUUCCUCUCCUAUAACCACCACCACUCCUCUCAUCACAUCAUCUCCUCUUCGUCCACCUCCUCAGCCCUGCACCCAGCCACCGUCUCUCUGCCCUACCACCCGUACCACCCAAACACUGGCCUCAUACCCACACUCAUGGCAGAGGCCAGGGUAUGAUUAGGGAUGUUUUCGCACACCUCAGCUGGCAAGUGCGUUGGAGAUGAGGAUGGUUGCUGAUCAGAUAAAACUAUAACACCCCCGCACACUGACCAAGUUCGCUUUAACUUUGAGGGAGUUUUAUAGUUUUUUAGGGUUUUUUGUGGGGGUUUUAUAUUUUUUUUAUAGUUUUUUUUCUGGAGGCCAGAGUAUGAGCAGAGAUCUUAGACUCUCUUACCGUCUUACACUGUAGUAACCUUAUGAAAGGGAUGCCAAUAAGCACAGCCACGUGUUUUCACUUGUGAUUUUCAAAUUAGGGUAGGCAAUUCAUUAAUUAUAAAAUAAUUAAUUGAUUAAUUAAAUUAAUUAAUUGGGCCCCCAAGGAACACAAUUGUGUUAAAUGGAACACCUAAAAUAAAAGGACACAUGUUUUACUAUGUUGAAGAAUUUACCAGGGGUAGUCAUACUUAAGUGCGAAGUGCACACCUUGAACUUUUUUUGGAAUUUGUUUCUUUACUGUAGUUUUUAAAUCCAAGAAGCCCAGCACUUAUUUUUUUUAAAUACUUUGCAUUAUAUGUUCACUGAUGUUGGCACAAUCAUAUUUAUUGCUGUGAUAAGUGUAUGCAAUGUGUUCUGUGUGUAAUUUCUAA